AUUUGUUGUGUCCUCUAAAUGCUAAGAAACUGAAUGAGGUCCAUCUUCUUCAAAUCCCCAUCUCCUACGAGGAUGACUCCUCCUCCUUCCCCUCUCCACCACACCUUCUCCGAGUCAUUAAUGGAGGAAAACAUUGAAGUUGCCGACUUUAUCAUCACCAAAUGGGAAACCGAUGUUGCUUCCCUUUUCUCCGAUAGGGAGGAAGCCAGACAAUAUUUGGUUUCCAUUAAGGGACUUCAAAAGGCCAUGCAAUUCUUGGUCUUACACCACUCGAAUUCGGAGAGACUCGUCCGAGCUCAAAAACUGAUGCAAACAGCCAUGAAAAGGCUGGAGAAGGAGUUUUACCUGAUUUUGAAGUCCAACCGGGCUUAUCUUGAUCCGGAAUCCGUUUCGGCUCACUCGUCCUCAAGACCAUCCGUUUCCAAGUCUAUAUUUUCGGAUUUUGAGGAAGAGGAAUUUGAAAACGAGUCGACGGACGAGAAUGAUUCCAUAUCUGAAGUAGAGAGAGUGUCGUUCGCAGCCAUGGCGGAUUUGAGGGCUAUUGCGGAAGCUAUGAUAUCAGCUGGGUACGCCAAGGAGUGUAUCAAAAUUUAUAAGAUUAUUCGGAAAUCGAUCGUCGAUGAAGCUCUCUACCAUCUCGGAGUUGAACGGGGACUCACUUUUCAGCAGGUUCAGAAGAUGGAAUGGGAGGUUCUGGAGGUUAAAAUAAAGACUUGGUUAAGCGCUGUUAAGAUGGCGGUUAAAACCUUGUUUCAUGGAGAGAGAAUCCUCUGCGAUCAAGUGUUCUCCAUUUCAAGCCCCCUCAGGGAAUCUUGUUUCACGGAGAUUUCCAAAGAAGGAGCUUUGGCCCUGUUUGGUUUCCCGGAAAAUGUAGCCAAUUGCAAGAAAACUCCCGAGAAAAUGUUCCGUGUCUUGGAUUUAUACGAAGCGGUUUCCGAUCUUUGGACUGAUAUUGAAUCAAUCUUCAGCUUCGAAUCAACCUCCGCCGUACGAUCAACGGCGGUUAACUCCUUGAUCAAACUCGGUGACGCCGUUAGAACGCUGCUAACGGACUUCGAAACGGCGAUUCAGAAGGAUUCAUCCAAGACGACGGUUCCGGGAGGUGGAGUCCACCCCCUAGCACGCUAUGUAAUGAAUUACAUAGCUUUCCUCUCCGAUUACAGCGGGAUCCUCUCCGAUAUUUUCGCGGAUUGGCCGUUCACGAUUCCUUCAGCUUUACCGGAAUCUUACUUCGGAAGCCCCGACAACGAGGAAAGCAUUUCAUCGCCGAUAUCCGUCCGGAUAGCCUGGCUUGUACUCGUCAUGUUAUGUAAACUCGACUCGAAAGCCGUGAUGUAUAAAGACGCGGCACUUUCUUAUUUGUUCUUAGCAAAUAAUCUCCAAUACGUCAUCGGUAAAGUCCGUCAAUCGAAUCUGAAUUUCCUCCUCGGCGACGAUUGGGUGAUCAAGCACGAGCAGAAAGUGAAACAGUACGCUGCGAACUACGAGAGGAUCGGAUGGAGCAAAGUGCUUGCAUCACUGCCGGAGAAUCCAACGGCCGAGAUUUCAAAGGAUCAGGUGAACAAUCAUUUCAGAAGAUUUAAUUCCGCUUUCGAAGAAGCUUAUAUGAAACAGUGUUCUUGGGUCGUACCGGACCCAAAACUCCGAGAUCAUAUCAAAAUCUCGUUGGCGAGACGGAUCGUACCAAUCUACAAUGAGUUUUACGAGAUUUACGGUGGAGUGGAGGCGAAGAAGGAACUGUGGGUUGAAUCACUUGUCAGAUACACCCCUGAUGAUUUGGGAAAUUACUGGUCGGAUUUGUUCUAUGGAAGCAGAACCUCAGGGAGCGUUUCGUCAAGUUCAAGCCGAGGUGGCCGGAGUCAUUGAACCGAUGUGUUUUGGGGCCGUUGAAAAAAUCGCCGGCCAUGUAGGAAUUUACGCUCGUGGCAUUUCGUGGAUAAUAAGAACAAAGAGGCGUGUAUAGUAGACUGAU